AGAAGGCAAUGACGCUGAUGUCAAUCUUACCCUUGCACACUUUACGAACAAGGGGGAUAAUGUGCACUCAAUGGAUACACCUGAUUUUGAUUGAUACACUCUAUUCAUUCUCUCCAUGCAUGAUGUUUUUAGAAUAAUUUUUUUUAUGUCUCUGCCGAUUUCCUAAGAGUGUUUUGAAGACUAUUUAUUGCAUUUUUAGACUAUGUGGAAUUGUUUUAUAUUUGCCUUCAAUUUAAAUAAAUUAAAGGAUUUAUGCACCUAUUUUUAUGCAUUGUGUGUUCCAGUUCUAUAUGCAAUUCUCUCAUUACACAGGCAUGAAUCGAGGUGAACUUGAGUGCUUAAUAGAUAGUGGGACUACCCAUACCAUUUUGCGAAAUAGGCAACUAUUUGUUAACUUGGUAGCCUAUAAUUCAUCCGUGACAACAAUGAUUGGUUCGUCACAUGUAAUUCAAGGAUGUGGCACUGCCAUUUUCUUACUCCCUAAUGAAGGAGAUGCAGCGACUCAUUGCACGAGGACCGGCUCCGCGAGGCGACGGAGCAGCCCCUUCCCGGGGUCCGCCGGAAGGAAGAACAUGGAGAAAGCCGACCGAGCCGGUCGCCGUGGCCACACAAACAAGGAACCCCGAGAAGAGGCACAUUGCGCGAGAGAGCGAUGAUCUAGACGAGGACGAAGCUCAAGGAUAUCCGGUGGGAUUUAUCCACGGAGGAAACAUUGGUGGGGACUCCGUCGCUCAAAUCAAGAGCUCAGUCAACAUAAUGUAUGAGAAAACCUUCCAAGACCUCGGCUUGAACCGCAAGGACUUAAGGCCCGUGCGCACUCCCCUCUCUGGGUUCACAGGGGACUCCAUCGAGGCCGAAGGAAUCAUCACUGUACCCGUGAUAGUAGGGGAUGGUGCGCACAAGGACAAGUUGAAGAUGGAGUUCAUGGUUGUAAGCAUCAGUUGCGCGCACAACAUGAUCCUUGGACGGCCCGGCCUUGAGGACUUGGAAUGUGUGAUCUCCCCAUACUACUUGUGUAUGAAGUUCCCCACUCCUUCGGGAAUCGGGGUGGCGAGGGGAGACCAGAAGUUAGCUCGAUCGUGCUACGUCCGAAUCACGAAGAAAUUGCCAAGGGAUGAAACGUUGGUCGUGCACGCACAGGAGGAAAUGCGGAAGCUGGAAGCACGACCAAAGGCCGAGCCCGCCGAGGAGGUCGAGGAGGUGCCGCUCGAUCCUCGGACACCCGAACGGAAGGUGAAGGUCGGGGCGAGCCUAACUGGGAGCCAGUGGAAGCGCUUGGUGGACGUGCUCUCUGCCUACCGCGUGAUCUUUGCGUGGGGCCCCAGGGACAUGCCGGGGGUGGAUCAUAAGGUCAUAUGUCACCGCUUGGCAGUCAAUCUGGAGGCUAGGCCGGUGAAGCAGAAGAAGCGGUUCCUCUCGUCCGAGCGAAGGGAGAGUCCGAACGCGCCCUCUCGCAUGUCCAAGUGGGCGGUGUACCUUGGAGCCUUCCAGAUCGAAUUCAAGCCAAGGCCGGCGAUCAAGAGACAAGCGCUGGCCGACUUUGUGGUAGAAUGCACCGCUCGAGAAGAGUCGAGGCCGGAACUUGAAACCGAUGAUUGGUGGACAGUUUAUACCGACGGCUCCUCCGCCGCCAAAAUUUUGGGGGGUGGAGUGGUAGUCAUCGCUCCCGAAGGCUUCAGAGCAUAUUACUCAAUCCGAUGCGGCUUCAAGGCAUCGAAUAAUGAGGCGGAAUAUGAAGCACUCUUGUGCGGGCUACGCUUAGCAGCUGGGAUGAACGCGACAAAGUUAAGGAUAAAGUGUGAUUCAAAGUUGGUGGUUGGCCACGUCUCGGGAGAGUUCGAGGCGAAGGACGAAAGAAUGAAGAAAUACAGAGAUACAGCUUUAGAACUCCUUAAAAGCUUCACCGUGUAUAGUGUCAAGCAGAUCCCUCAGGCGGAGAAUGCCGAGGCAGAUAUCCUGUCGAAGCUGAGCUCAGACACGCCCGGGCACAUCAGGCGGAUGGCAAACAUGGAAGAGCUGUCCGAGCCGAGCAUCCAUGCCUUCCCCGUGGAAAUGAUCUGCGCUCGGCCCGAAGAUUGGAUGGACGACAUAGUUGCCUUCCUAAAAUAUGGCACCCUCCCGGACGAUGCAAUGACGGCCAGGUUGGUCCGGACAAGGGCACCGGGGUAUACAUUGGAAGGCGAGAAGUUAUACAAGCGAGCAUACAAAGGGACUCUACUCAAGUGCCUUCGACCAACUGAAGCAAAACAAGUCAUGGGGGAGGUGCACGCCGGGAUCUGCUCCGCCCACCAGGGGGAUUACGCGGUGUCAAGGAAGAUAACCCUCCAAGUGUAUUUUUGGCCAACAAUUGUUAAGGAUUGCGCGGAGUUUGUAAAGAAAUGUAAGGUGUGCCAAGAAUUCCAGAAGCAUGUCAUCUGCCGCUUCGGCGUGCCUGAACACAUAAUCAUAGACAAUGGGACACAAUUCGAGUCCAAGCCCUUCAACGACUUUCUUGAAAGCUGGGGGAUAAAGCACAGCUAUGCUUCGGUUGGAUACCCUCAGACGAACGGAAAGGUUGAGAAUGUCAACCGAACGAUAGUCGACGGGCUGAAGCGGAAGUUGGAGGCCUGCAGAGGAGAGUGGGCAGAGGAGUUGCCUUAUAUCCUAUGGACCUACCGGACUACGCCUAGGAGGGCAACCGGGGAAACCCCGUUCGCCUUGUGCUACGGAUUCGAGGCGAGGGCCCCUCCAGAGAUCUCCAUCGCAACUCACCGAGAGGAGGUCUUCGACCCUGAGCGUAACGAAGAAGCCCGGGAAACCGAGCUCCAUCUCGUACACAAGAGGCGAGAAGCGGCCUUCAUACGGGCAGAGAAUUACCGAAGGAAGGUGAAGAGCUACCAUGACGGGCACGUGCGCGCACGGGGGUUCAUCGAAGGAGACUGGGUGUUGCGCAAGAGGUCCGUAAGCCGCCCCCUAGAAGGUGGAAAAUUUGCCAAGAAUUAUGAAGGCCCUUACAUCAUCAAAGAAGUGGUAGGCCCCUCGGCGUUUCGCCUGCAGACGCCAAGCGGAGGGGAGGUGCCCAGGACUUGGAAUGCCGAGAACUUGGUUAAGUUUUAUCAAUAGAUUUCGAAUGUACACGGCCCCCAAAUAGGGGAACCCGUAAACCUCUUGAUUGAAUUUAAUGAAAUGGAUUUUUUGCGAACAAGUAUUUAACAAUAUUGCGGAAGCGAAUUUAAUAUUGACAUAUCAUAAAUCAUUUCAAAACUUUUCACAUCCAUCCCGACAAUCUCGCCCCAUCUGCCGCCAGGAUCACAUUAAUCUUUCUGUUUACCUGCGUGUAGCAAAUAAAACAUACUACACGCUCAGCGUUGAAGCUGAGUAAGCAUAUCUAAUGCAUCGAACAUCCAUAUAAAUUGAAUCUCAAUUCAUAAUUAACCAUUUGAUAUCAUGCACACAAUACAUAUUUCAAGCAUACAUUAUUCAUGAUAUUCACAAUAUUUUAUUUUAAGUCAUUUCAUGAUAUAUUCAAUAUUAAAU